AUGCUCACCGCCUUUUUCUUUGCCGCCUUUGGAAGUUUUUUAACAAGGUCUAUAGCGCCUUCAACUGUAUUUUCCACCUUUCGCUCUAAAGAGUCUUUAGAUGAAUGUCCGGUAGAAAAUUGGAUUUCCCUUGCUAUUUUAUCAUCCCUUCUUCCUCCACCUCCAAUGAUUUCAUUGGCCAUAGCCAAUAAAAUAAUUGAAGAGAAAAUUGUCCAAAGAUGCAUUUUUAGAAAACUUUUGUCUAAAUUAGAAAAAAUUAUACGGGAAAUAGACUUUAAUUAUGUGCAUGCGAUGCGUUUUUUAUUUAAAAAAAUUUUUUUUCUCUAA